AUGACUUCUCAAAAGUCAGCAUGCGAAGGUGAAUCAAAAUUCGAAAGAAGAUCACAAGAGUCUAGUAGCCCAGAAACUGAAAGCGACGAUGAAGAACGUGAUACUGAUACUGAUACUGACACUGACACUGAAUCAGAAUAUGAGUCCAUUCAAUCUUACCCGAAUCAUGAAUUUGAAAGAGAUCUAGCAAGGCUAUAUCAAGAACAAGAUUUCCAUCAAAUUUUAGUAUUGGGCCGUUUCAGAAGUAUUUCCUCCACCAUCACAAGUGCAUCUCAUUUGAUAAUAUCUUUAGCCUUAUUCAACCUUGGAAGAGUUGGGGGUGCCUUGAGAGAAAUAGCUUUUGCGAUAGAAUUGGAAGCUGAUCCUAUCAAAAGAGAACUGCUUCUAGUAAAUUUGGCAGAUUGUUUCAAGGAUUUAGGAAUGCCACAACUGGCCGUUGAAACUUUUGCUGAAACUUUAGAAAUGGCCCAAAUAGAUUCAAAGAAUUCGAAAGCCAAUGAACUCAACGAAAGCUAUCUCGAUGCUCAACAAAGAAUUCAAGAUUAUCAACAAGAAAUCGAAAACCUAAAUGUUAAAUGUAUUAAAAGUGGUGGUAACAUUACUGGGUUUUCUAUUGGUAAAUUAACAAUCUCUAAUAAAGCCUUGGUUGAUUCUGCUUUGAUGAAAUUGAAAAAUUAUGAUCAAAAUACCAAGUUCGAUAAUGAUCCAGUUCAAGAAAUUUUUGAUUCAAUUACAAGUUUUGGUCCCUUAUAUAUUUAUGAUGAUUUGAUAAAACAUAAAACUUUAGUUAUAAAAUUUCUUGAUGAUGAACUAAAUAAGCAUCCCGAAAUAAGUUACAGUAUGUCUCCCAAACAUUUAGGGAAAAUGUUGAAUAAAUGGAGAAACCGUUCCACUAGUAAAUCCCUUAUAUCUAUCUGUGGGAUAAUUUUAAAACAUAAGAUUAUAUUAGGCUUUAUUAAUUAUCUUGAAGGCAGUUUUGAAAUUGCAAUUGACAAAUUUAAAUGGAUUUUGAACCUUUUUUCAAUAUUAGAGAAUAAAUACUACUACUUCAUCAAUAAAAAUCAUUACUUAGCCAAUGUGACUAAAAGGGUUACUUUAUUACUUUUGAUAAAGAGUUACAUGAACGGAGAAUUUGAGUUGAAACAAAAGGAUUGGGCUAAACUAUUAACUAGACUUAUCGCGUACGAUAACAUUACCAGUACCAUUGAACAUUUGACUGGUAGAUUGACCCAAUUAUUUAGUUGUUGUGCUUUAAUUUACGAAAAGCUAGCUACCCAAGGGUCAGUACAAUUCACAAUUCCUUUCGAUUCUUCUUUAAGCUCAAAUGAUAUCUCUAGGUUUCAACCAAUUGGUCUGGUACAAAAAUAUGAUAACGAUCAGAUGGCAGAAAUGGUAAGAAAGUUGAUCCUUGCAGUUGCUUCUAUGGGAAGUGAUGAUUCAACUGAUGUAUACUAUUAUGAUCGAAUAAUAUGGGGGAUCUUAAUGUGUGGAGGUAUUCAUUUGAGAACAGUUUGGUUUUUCAUCUUGAUAAGAAAUUUUUUUGCAAUCGAUCAUGAUUAUGGGCCAAUUCAUAUCUGCAAAACACACAAGCAUCAGUUUUUCCCCAAAAGUGAUAUAUUAGGAGAAUAUGUAAAUGGUUGGGAAUUAGUUGAUGGUUUAUACCGAAUAGUUUCUGAAUUUACUCUGGAAGAGCUUGAUUCUAUGUGGGAUCCUGAACUAGGAAAUACCUUUCUAUUGCCGCAAAUGUUUGAAGCGAAAAAUCCAAAAAGAAUUAUAAUGCUUGAUGAAUAUUAUAGUGAAAUUCAAGAAUAUUCAAUUACAAAGUUUAGUCAAAUAUCAAAAUUACAAAUAAGAUUAAACCCAAAAAGUCAUUUAAAACUUCCUAGGAAACAAACUCGAGAAAGAAUUGAUCUUAGUAGAGAUUUAAUCAACUUAUGGAGUGAUGCUUAUAAAGCCCAUCAAGGAACUUUACCAGAUUUCAUAAAAUUAGUUAAAUUUGACGCUUAA